AUGGCAUCCGAAUCGAUUCAGUCCCCACUACCUACGCUUAAUGAGCUGUCUACCGCACUCAAACAGCUGCAAAGUACGCUGGACCCACUCAUGGCUCGGCCUCUGGCAGACACCCUCGCCAAGCUUCAAGCAGCGCAGCCCACUCAACCAACUCAGAUGGACAAUAGUAAUGGCAGCUCCUCGUCAUCCUCGUCGUCCUCACACCGACUCGACUCGGCAAAGCUCCAGACAUCCAUCGCAUACGUCCUCCUCGACCUCGUAUGGAUUCAUCUCCGCCUCAAGGGCGUCGACCCUCAUUCGCACCCAGUGGCAGCUGAGCUAAAGCGGGUCCAGGGAUACUUUCAGAAGAUCCGCAAUGUACAGCAAGCUGGACCAGGUGGGGGAGGCGCUUCGAGAGGCAUCGCGGGGGAAGAGGGUCAGCAAAGGAUGAGGCUCGACGGGGCGGCCGCAAAGAGAAUGGUCAAGGGCGCCAUCGCUGAUCAGCAUAAUGGCAAGCAUACAAAGUUCGGAGCUGAGCAGAGCGCGAUUGUUGCACCGGUCAAGGAGGCUGCCACUACAAGCAACGCUGCAAAGCAGAAGCAAAAGAGAGCAACAAAGGACCCAUUCGAUGGCUAUCAAGACGAUGAAAAGGCGGUAGCCUCAGCGCAGAGCUCUGGCGGAUCGGCGAGAAAAGGGGCUGGAGACAAGGAAGACGGAUCGAAGGGCAAAGCAGCCAAGAAGCGUCACAGCCAAGAGGCAAGCGUUGAAGCUGAUGGCCCGAGAAGCACAGGCAAAGAACACAGAAAGAAGCAGAAGAAGCAGCGUCAAUGA